AGCGAAUUUGGAUCCAGUUGUUGAAGUAAAUUUCCUUACCUUGAUGCACGCCUGAGUGCCAAGUCAGUCAUCGAACCGACUUUUCUAGUUCUACUGGCUCCGACAUUCUUCAUAUGAUUUCCUGUCGUGCUCUAGACUCGUGACCGCGUGUAUCAAGAACAAAGAAAAGCUCAACGCUCACCCGUCUACAAGCGAUUGCAAUCCCUGGCUAGAAAACGAACAAUGGGCCUGGACGAUAUCGACGACUCGGAUGACGAUAUUCUCCCGUCCGGCUUGUCGCGCGAUAGCGCGAUUCAAGCCGAGGGGGCAGAGGCACAGAAGAAGGCAACAAGCAGCUCGUCCCCACGCAACAAGGAGAAGCCCGACGUCACUACAACACCCAGUACGACAGAGACGGAGCCCGCGGAUGAUGUGCGUGUUGAGGACGGGGGGAAAAAAGCGAAAGCACCCGAUGUCAACUACUCCGCCGGAUCUUCAUCAACAGAUACGAGCUCCUCCAAGCCGACGAUCACUCGGGAUACAACGACCUUUGGAGACCGGAACUCCGCGUCUUCGAGCAGCAGUCUUGCACCCGAGGAGCUCGUUGCUUCGAAAUUCCUGAUCAACAAUCCGGGCAGUACGAGCAGGGCGACAAGUUCGAUAGCAGCCGCGGGAGAGGAGGACAAUGCGGCCGUUGCAGAGCCAAUCGACCACAGCAAUGACGCGCAGGACGAACUGAUGAAAUUAAUGGCAAAAAAGCGCCAGCAGAAGGAAGAGGAAAAAAAGCAGCUACAGAAAGAAGAAGAAAAGAAAAAGCAGAAAGAGCUCCUGAAGGAGGGUGGGUUGUUCAAGAAAGGCUUCUUGAAAGGCGCAGGCACCAAAGCGGCGAGCGGUUCAAAAAGUAAAGCUGCAGAAGGCGCACAACAGAACAAGAAGAGAACGGACGUUGUAGAUCUCUCGGAAAAAGUAACGAAAAAAGCCCCCGACCUCUCCCUGCCUGAGGUGCAGAACGCCAUGAAAAGCACACUGCAGGACACGAACAAUUGGCUGACGCCAGAGCUAACGCGGGUUUUUGCGUCGAGGCCGGACUUGGUUGCGGGUAAGCUGGAAACUGGCGCUAGGGUUUCUUGAUUUUACUUGGCCUGUGCGGUGCUUCUUGUUUCUUUUCUACUUAAAGAUCAAUCUAAGGGCUAGUGCUGCUUCUUUUGUCGCUUGUAAGUUCUCGUGUGCGUGUCGUACAAAACAUGAAAAGCGUGGCAGGAUUGGGAGAAUCAGCUUGACUUUGGAAUAAAGUGAAAAAGUCACAACUGCUCCUCUACUCAGGAACAACAUGAAAAAACAUCCAGGUAUGCAAAAUCCGAAAGUGCAGGAAUGCAUCCAGAUGAUGCGCAGCGACCCUGUCGCCGCAAAGGCAAAAUUUCAGGACGACAAGGAGGUGGUGAAAUACAUGGAGGAUUUUUCCCGGCUCAUGGGUACGCAUUUCGACGUUCUGGCAAAAAAGGCGGAGAAGGAGAACCAAAACACGUCAAAUGCGAACACUGGAGGCUCUGGAGUGGGAACGACCGGAAGCGAGCCUACGGCCGCUUCCAAGGUGUCCAAAAAAUCUACCAAGCCGAUGGCACCAGACAAAGCCUUCAGGAAAGCCGCAAAAAACAUGAAUCUGUCGGAAGAAGGUAGUACUUUUUUUACGAUGCUGAUUCAUACAAGUGAAGUCGUCGUGAACAAAAAUAUAUAAAUCCCUUGCCAUGCGUUGUAUGUCGUGAAUGUUCCUCUUACUUUGGUCCGUACAGAGAACCGCAAGUUUCAAGAUCCGCGGGUCGUGGAGGCGAUGAUGGACCCGAAAGUGCAACAAGUCAUCGCUAUGGUAAAAGCGGGCCGCGGUCUCGACAUGCGGGACAUCGGGCGGCGGGACAUGGAUCUCUUUCAGAAGCUGCGCUACCUGCUGGACCAGGGUAUUCUGGGCGUUUCAGCGUGA